AUGGAAUGUUAUAUACAUUUAUCAACCUUUUCUUUAUCGAUGCUUUUAGACAUGUGUGGAGUUUCUGAUAUAUCCCAAACGUUAGAGAAUCAAUACAUCAAACGUGAAGGUAUAACAUUAUUACAAAAAGACUUUAUUUCUCUCAAUAAAAUCAAUGCGAAUACAAAUUAUGCCUCGAAUAA